UGUAACUGCUUAUAUCAACUCACUUCGCAUUUUUUCUGAGUGUAAGAAAAAUGGAGUAUUCUAAGCUGUUGGGAGUUGUGGCCUUCAUAUGCUUUAGUAUUCCCAUGAUCGCAUCUUCUUCGGACGGACAUUUCAAAUUGAGGGUGAAUUUAACUCGCAGAUCAGAGGGAGACUUCAAUUUUACCCAGCGAUUGAGUGGGGCGGUGGAUCGAAGUAAGAUACGAAUGAAUAUGAUAGAGGCAUUUGUAAAGCAGCGGAUAGCUGGGCAGUUAGACGCUGAAACACCCCUUCACGUGGGAAAUGGGGAAUUUCUGAUGAACGUUGCAGUGGGAACACCCUCGGUGAGUUUUGAAGCUAUUGUUGACACGGGGAGUGAUCUAAUUUGGACUCAGUGCAGGCCUUGCCGGAAUUGCUACACUCAAUCUACGCCGAUCUUCGAUUCCUCUAAAUCGUCCACGUAUUCCAGAGUUCCCUGUACUAACUCUCUUUGCAAUGCUUUGAAAAGAUUUAAAACUGGAUGCAAUCCACAUUGUAUGUUUAAUUAUAGGUAUGGCGAUGGCUCUGAGACAAGCGGUGACCUGGGUUACGAGUCAUUCUCCAUUGGGAGCAGCAGCGGCAGCAUGGUUGCAGGCAUUGCUUUUGGAUGCGGCCAUGACAACCAAGGACGAGGAUUCUCUCAGGGCGGCGGUCUUGUGGGCCUUGGAAGAGGUGCUCUCUCACUCAUCUCACAGUUGGGUUCCAAUGUACAUAACAAAUUCUCUUACUGUCUCUUGUCUAUCACGGACUCUCCUUCACAAACCAGCCCUCUCAUUUUCGGUGAGGGUGCUUGCUUGAGCGGAGCCAACACGAUCUCACUGAUUAAGAACAGUGCGAUUCCUUCUUUCUGGUAUAUUCCUGUUACAGGGAUCACCCUCAAUGGUGAGGGCGUAAAUAUUCCUUCUGGAACUUUUGAUCUACAAUCGAACGGUGCCGGAGGCAUGAUCGUCGACUCGGGAACGACCCUUACCUAUCUAAUCGAGGCUGCCUACUCUCGAGUCAAGGGAGCAAUUCAAGCUGCCAUUGAUCUUACUUGCUGCGAUAUUCUUAUUUUUCCUGAUUCUUUCCUAAACUGUCUUCUGAUUUUUCCUUAACUGUUUUCGGAUACUUUCCUAUCCUGUAGAUAGUGUAGCUGUAUGCAUAACGCACACAGCAUGAUUGUAGGAUCUAGAGAUGUAU